UCUCGAGUAAUAUAUGGUUAGGUAGCUACUGGAGAGAAAGGCAAUGGUGUUACUCUGGUAUCUAACGGCAUUUUGAAACUCCAUCUUUCCCGCCAAAUUGAGAAGAAAAACCAUGUCGGUUAGGCUAAAAUCCUCCAGAGUCCGCUUAUCCUCACAAUCUCUUCAAAAACUGAUCGAAACCCAGAAAAACCUUCCCAAAUCAUCACCAAAACUCUGGACCGAUCCGGUGAACAACGAACUCGCCGAGGCCGACGACAACAGAGGGGUGCGCACGUUGACUCUGAGCCACCCCAUUCUGCGCAUCUUAGAAUCAUGCAAUGGUACAUUGAAAGAAUUCAACCAAGUCCAUGCCCAACUCAUCGUCUCUGGCCUCUUCCAACACCCUCUGGCCUCGAGCCGAGUAGUAAAGAAGCUCUGUUCAUCGCCAUCUAUGGUCCCUCACGCGGUCGCUCUCUUCGACCUUUUGGAAGAGCCAGAUGCAUUCAUAUGCAACACCAUUAUGAGGAGUUACAUAAUCAUGAACGACCCACAUCGUGCUCUCACUUUUUUCUAUCAUCAAAUGAUUGGUAAAUGUGUUGCCCCAAAUCAUUACACCUACCCAUUGUUGGUGAAGGUUUGCUCAGAGCUCGGUUUGGUUAGAGAAGGGGAGAAGAGCCAUGCCCGGGUUGUGAAAUUUGGGUUUGAGUUGGAUUUAUAUGUUCGUAAUUCCUUGAUUCAUUUUUACUCUGUUUGUGGAAGAAUUGAGGAUGCUUGCGAAGUGUUUGAUUUAAGUUCUGAAUCAGAUUUGGUGACUUGGAAUUCGAUGAUCAGUGGGUUUGUAAAGAAUGGGGAAGUGGGUGUGGCGCGUGGGCUAUUCGAUGUAAUGCCUGAGAGAGAUGUUUUUAGUUGGAAUUCGAUUAUUGCAGGUUAUGUGGGGAUUGAGGAUAUGGAGGAGGCAAAGAAUUUGCUUGAGAAGAUGCCGUAUAAAGAUGUGGUUUCCUGUAAUUAUUUGAUUGAUUGGUAUGCAAGGGUAAGAAAUGUUGCAGCUGCUCGUGAGGUUUUCGAUUGGAUGCCAUUGCGGAAUGUUGUUUCUUGGAAUACCAUGUUGGCUCUUUAUGUGCGGUCCAAGGAUUACAGCGAGUGUUUGAGAUUAUUUGACAGGAUGAUGGAAGGAGGAGAUGCCAAGCCAACUGAGGCUACUUUUACGAGUGUGUUGAGUGCCUGUGCACACCUAAAGAGGCUUGAUGUAGGCGAAUGGGUUCAUUCUUACAUACAAAAUAAUAGGAACAUUGAACUUGAUGUCCUACUUUCAACAUCUCUCUUGACAAUGUACGCAAAAUGUGGGGCUAUGGAUUUGGCUAGAGACGUCUUUGAUAAGAUGCCAGAGAGAAGUGUUGUAUCAUGGAAUUCCAUAAUUAUGGGGUAUGGAAUGCGUGGGCAUGGAGAUAAAGCACUUGAAAUGUUCCUGGAGAUGGAGAAGAGAGGAAUAAUGCCAAAUGAUGCUACUUUUGUAUGCCUUUUAAGCGCAUGUACUCAUGCAGGAAUGGUUUUGGAGGGUUGGUGGCACUUUGACCGAAUGUGUCGAGUUUACAAGAUCGAGCCAAAGGUUGAGCACUUUGGUUGCAUGGUCGAUCUACUUGGACAGGCUGGUUUAAUGAAAGAUUCUGAAAAGCUCAUCAGGAAGGUGCCUAUGAAGGCUGGACCUGCUUUAUGGGGAGCUUUGCUUUCAGCAUGCAGGACACACUCAAAUCUUGAGCUUGGAGAAGUUGUGGCUAAGCGGCUAAUUGAGUUGAAACCAGGGGAUAUUGGGCCCUAUGUGUUGUUAUCUAACAUAUAUGCCGCAGAAGGGAGAUGGGAUGAUGUAGAAAAAGUGAGAAAGAUAAUGAUGAAAAAUGAGUUAGGGAAAGUGGCAGGGUCUAGCUUGGCUCACUUAGAAGAUUGUGGGACUCGAUCUUUUCAUGGAAGUGAUCUGGUCCAUAAGAAAAGCAUGGUGUACUCCAUGUUGAGAGAGAUGGGUGCUCAAAUGAAAUUGCCAUGCAGAAGUAUGAUGGGGUAGGGAGAGUUCAGGUUUAAGAGACAAGCUGUGAUAUGUAAAGUUAAAGAAGCAAGAUUACUUGAAAAAAAUUAUUUCCGUACCUAGUUUUGUAAAUUGAACAACACACAUAUUCGGCGAAGUCUAAAUAAUCAAUGGCAAUCAUGUGCUGGUUUGGCUUGCAGAGUUUUGUGAAGAUUGAGAAGAAUAUUGGUCCAUUGUGACGUGGAUGUCAUGGGUCCGAAACUCGAAACAGCCUCUCCAUGCGAAGGUGAGGCUGCAAUGGCAGGAGCCUUAUGCACUGGGCUAGCCCUUUCUAUUGGUCAUUGUUCAGAACAACACAAAAUAUAGCCUUAUACAGAGAGGAAUAGCAAAGCACAAUUCCUGAAGAUUUCAAAGAAUUUGGAUAGUAAGCCGCCCGAGACUGGAUGAAUGUGGCAGCAUCUCCCUGCAGAGCUUGCAUAAGA